UGAUCCCCGUAAAUCACCACAGGCUACAAGGCCGAUCGGACGAUAGGUGGCGAUACCGGAAAUUACAUUGCUAUAGAUGGCUCUGUAGUACAUGUGGAAAAUCAAGAUGGCAAGAUAGAAUACGGCGGUAGCCAAAGUGGAAUAUAUACGUUUUGUUCAGAAAAUAGAACCGAAGAUGUCUGAGAGGAAGUUUACUAGAGGGCUAAGCAAGCCGGGCAUGGCGGCCCAAAUGCGAGAGACAAUAGCACAAGCUGUUCGAGAAAGCACAUGUAUGUCUAAACCCAAGCUGGUGGACCCUGUUGACUACGAGACAUUUUUGGUGAAGAGUAAGACGGUGAUUCACAAUGAUCCUCUACGGGUCAUGCUACUGUUUCCCCAAGACGAUGUCUGUCAAAAGACAUUGGGACGGGAAUUUCGCACAGUGUGCUGCAGUGUCCCAAAGUUGGCCCAGAAAGAAGCCUCGAGUUUGCUGGUUCGGGAGUGCAUCAAAGGAUACACUAGCAAGUGGAAUGUGGUAGAAUACAAGUAUAGCAAAUACUCUGGUGGCCAUCAACAUUUACCAAAGUACCAAAAGACCCCAGAUUCUCUACUAGAACAUGUCUAUGAGAUAGAUAUAGAGGAUGAUAAGGAUGAGGAAGGAACUUUAACCAGAAAUGUUCUCCAGACCAUAACAAAGCAAGGCUGGUUGUAUAAAGGACCAGACAGUGCACAUGAGUCCACAAGUAUUAUCAGUUUUACCAGGGCUUUCAAAAGAAGAUACUUUUACCUCAAGCAGCAGGUGGACACCACCUAUAUCCUGGAGUUUCACAAAGAUGACAAGAAACUCGACGCCAAGGGAGCCAUUUUUCUGGACUCGGCCACUGAUGUGAAAAAGAGCUCCAAGAAAGGGAGGUUCAACUUCGAGGUUCACAUGCAGGACCACCAGUCGUACCUGUUUGCCGCAGAGACGGAACAGGACAUGGAGGAUUGGAUUAAGACGCUACGGAAAGUCAUCGAAAGCCAGGAAACUGGCAGCAUCCAUAGUAUAUCCUCAGAAAAAUAUAGAGAUGAGAUUCUGAGCCCUGGGAGAGGGGGUGACAGUUACAAGGACAGCUUGGAGAACAGCAUGCAUCCUGAACUGGUCAAGUAUGCCAAAGAGACGGAUGGACAGUUAGCACAGGCAAGGAAGGAGAACAGACAGAAAAUGUUCCUUAUCUACCCAGAGCUACAGAGGGGUCCGUACUUUGAUGACGUAGGGGACACAGUGAAUGCUGAUGUCUACAAGGAGCAGUUUGGCACCAGGAUUGUGGUCAGGUUUAAGGAAUUCAAACUCAAGCUACGGGCAAAUGUGGCUGAAGAAGGGCCAGACCAUAUAGCUAAUCCUGAACCAUUCUUCAUCACUCUGGCUCUUUAUGAUGCAAAGGAAGGAAAGAAGAUCUCAGAAGACUUUCACAUUGAUCCAAACGACCGCCUAGUGCGACGUAUGAUCCCGGAUGAAGUGCUUCACAGCAGUGACAGACUAAACUCAGUGAAUGGAAGAAGUACAGAGCCAGAAUUAAAUGGAGUUUCUAAAGACUGGGUUAAAUAUCCAGGGCAGGGCAUCUUCUCUGUGAUGAACCCCCAUCAUGAAAUCUACCUGGUUGCAAGGAUAGAGAAAGUUUUACAGGGAGGUGUAGUUACCUGCGCUGAGCCAUACAUAAAAGGUCCUGAUGCCAAGAACGCUGCCAAAGUUCACAAGCAGAUGAGACUAUGUUGCUCUCGCUUAGGACAUUAUAGAAUGCCAUUUGGAUGGGCUGCAAGACCAGUGUUCAAACCAUUUACUUCUGAUUUAGAGCCAGACACAGACAUCACAGUGUACAGACAAGAACCUAAUAGACUGACUGAAGAAGACCUCAUCAAACACCUGCAGGAUAUGAGAAGGCCAGAGAAACAGAGCAAGUGGCAGGUAAUCCCUGCUGACUUCAUGGUGAUCCUGGCCAAGUAUAAGCAAGCCAUUAAAAACACUGUGACGUCAGGGAUAAUUCCUGUCAAACCCUUCCCCGACCCCCCAGAACAGCCGCCAACAUUAGAGAUAGAGGAAUUUCUGCCUGAUGAUGGGCGCUACACAUGGCCCCACACAGCAUACACUAACCAUUUGUAUGUGUAUCCAAAGAUGCUCAAAUAUGACAGCCAAAAAGCUUUCACUAAGGCCAGAAAUAUCGCCUGUUGCAUAGAAAUCAAAGAUUCAGAUGAAGAGGGUGCUGUGCCAUUACAAAUCAUCCGAGGUCGCCCUGGAGUGGCAGUGUUCACCACGGUGGCAAGUGCUGCCGUGGUGCAUCACCAGACCUCGCCUGAGUUUUAUGAAGAGGUGAAGGUCUCACUACCCACUCAGCUCAAUGACAAGCACCACCUGUUGUUCACAUUUUACCACGUCGCCUGUGAGUCGUCCACUAAGAUGCCUUCGAAAAGCACCAGUAAUAAAAAGAAACAUGAUGUAGAGUACACUAUUGGUUAUGCAUGGAUGCCAAUUAGUAGACUGGGCAGAGUUUUGGUAGGGGAGCAGAUGUUACCCCUUGCUGUGAACCUUCCCCCUGGUUACCUAAGUCAUGAGGUGUUAGGUCUGGGAAAAGGGAGUGCAGGUCCAGACAUCAAAUGGGUGGACAGUGGAAAACAUCUGUUUAAAGUUGAUCUGCGUCUUGUCUCCACUAUUUAUACAAAGGAUCAGCACCUUCACAACUUCUUCCACCACUGUCAGAAAGUUGAGGAGUCCAAGUCCCUAGCAACAGACAUGGAUACAGUCAACAAGCUCAAGAGUGCAGAAAAUGUUGAUGAAAAAGAAUUGUUGAAAUUUGUAAAGAGUAUGCAUGCCAUGGACGUGGGAACUAUGAUCCAGUUUCUUCCAACCAUCUUCAAUCAACUUUUCCGUCUUCUUCCCCAGACGAGUAGUGAAGAUGUGGCAUUAAAUGCUGUCAGGGUGUUAGUCCAUGUGGUAUCAGAGGUUAGUGAGGCAGGGAAAACUGAUGCUUUACACUCCUAUGUCAAAUAUGUUUUCCAAACUGAGCCAACAGCAGGUAGUCUCAAGCAGGGCAAAACUGUCCACGAGGAACUAGCCAAACACUUGACCACAAUGACCCGCCCAAACAACGCCGACCUAAUGGUCAUCAACAAACUGCUCAGGUUUGCCUGGUUCUUCUUUGAGAUCCUCAUUAAGAGCAUGGCGCAGCAUCUCAUUAGCACAGGGAAAAUCAGGGCCCAAAGAAAUGACCGUUUUCCAUCGGACUACCAGUACAGAGUACAGAACCUGGUACAGUGUUUUGCGCCUCACAUCACACAGAAGUUCAGAGACCAGCCUGUGGAGACAAAACAUGCCAACCAGGCCCUGGCUUGUUUUAUUAAGAAAUGCCUCACCUUCAUGGACCGAGGGGCAGUCUUUAAGCUGGUCAACAUGUACAUGGACAGCUUCAGCCCAGGUGACCCAAAGACAUUACUGGAGUACAAGUUUGAGUUUUUGAGGAUCUUGUGCUGUCAUGAACACUAUGUCCCACUCAACCUGCCUAUGAUGAAGAAAGGCCAUGUUAAAACAUACAAAGAUUUGAAACAUGACUACACACUGUCCGAAGAGUUCUGUAAGAACCACUUUCUGAUUGGUCUAUUACUACAAGAGGUCAAGGCCGCUCUCAAUGAGCAUCAGCAUACCAGAAGAUAUGCCAUUGCUGUCCUGCGAAAUUUAUUGGCAAAACAUUCUUUUGAUGACAGAUACUCAUCAAAGAAUCACCAAGGACGAAUAGCCACUCUCUAUCUCCCCUUCAUCACUGUGAUCAUCGAAAACAAACAUCGCCUCAUGGUAAGAGAGUCCCAGCAUGCAUCACCAAUCACUCCAGUUGCAAAUGGUGAUGUUGGGCAUCAGCAGCAGAAUGCGGAACCCGAGACGCCAUCAAAAACUGCCAACACCACUGCCAACACCACCAAGAGCAGUGGAGAUACUGGAACGCCAUCGGGAAGUCUAAGGCUUAAUCGAGACUCACAGUUGUUGGCAAUGAUUGCAGGACAAACGCCUGCGGCUAUCAGUAUAUCUGACCCAUUGCCAGCCAACAGUGCCACUGCCUCUCUGGCCAGCAGUACGUCCAGUAUCCAGUCAGCAGUGGCCGCAGCUGACUAUAAGGAAAGCAAAGAAAAAUCUAAAGCAGAAAGGUCCCAGUCAGUCGGUCAGCAGUCUCAGGGCGGUCAGUCCCUCGGCCAGUCCCCGUUCGGCGUGCGUCAGGACAAGCUGGACAGCACAGAGGUCAAGGAUCUGCUGAUGUGCUUCAUGUACAUUGUGAAAAAUUUGCCAGAAGAUGUUCUUCUUGGUUGGUUUAACAACUCAUCCGAGUACGACAUCCUGGACUUCUUGAAUGUUCUAGAGAUUUGUAUGCAGCAAUUCAAGUACCUGGGGAGGAAAAAAAUCUUUGCUUUGAGCAUGGAGGAGGAUGAGAGCAUGAUAGGCGACAGUCGAAAGGCGCUCACGAUGCCAACUGGGCGGGGCAAAGGAGGUUUGAUGAUGCAUGCCCGCGCAGCCAGUGCCUAUGGGGAGGUCAGCAUGGACGGGUUCAGCUCUCCCAGUGGUUCUGAUGCUGAUACUCUGUCCCGCGCCAAUCAGGAGGCCAGCCUAGCUGUAGAGAUAGGACUGACAGUACUGGAUGUUAUAACUCAGUACAGCCACCAGUUCAAGGCCCAGUUGGAGUUCAAAGAUGGUGACAAUACUGUGAUGAGGAAGAUAUUCGAUCUGUACAUGAUGUUCCUCCAAACCAGCCAAUCAGAAGCCUUGCUCAAACAUGCUUUUGCCGCUCUCAGGCUAUUUGUUCAUAAGUUUCCAAAGGUGCUAUUCAAGGGACAUGCCAUACUUUGCAGUAAUAUGUGUUAUGAGCUGCUGAGAGGUUGCAACUCUCGCCUAAAGUCCACCAGGAAUGAAUCCUGUGCUCUGUUAUACCUUCUCAUGAAGGCCAACUUUGAAUUCAUGAAGAGAAAGAGUUUCACAAGGGUGCAUUUGCAGGUAAUCAUCAAUGUGUCCCAACUCCUGGGAGAGGUAGUGGGGUUGGCAGGAACCAGGUUUCAGGAGAGUCUGUCCAUCAUCAACAGCUACGCCAACAGUGAUAAGGCAAUGCAGUUUUGGGCCAGACAAGAAAGACAGAGAACCAACUUCCCUGCCGAGGUUAAAGAUCUGACCAAGCGGAUCAGGACUGUGCUGAUGGCGACGGCACAGAUGAAGGAGCACCAGAAUGACCCGGAAAUGUUGGUGGACCUUCAGUACAGCCUGGCCAAGUCCUACGCUGCCACGCCCGAACUCAGGAAAACAUGGCUAGAAAACAUGGCUAAAAUACAUGUUCGGCAUAUGAAUUAUUCUGAGGCUGCAUAUUGCUAUCUCCACAUUGCCGCUCUAGUUGCAGAAUACUUGAAAAGAAGAGGAAAGCUACGGAAAAUUUACCCAGAAGGCUGUGGGGUGUUCAAGAGAAUCACUGCCAAUGUCUCUGAGGAAGAGUAUGACAUCAAAGAUGACACGGGCAUGCAAGACGUACAGUACUCAGUGGACACACUGGUGGACAUACUGGAGACAUGUGCCAGGCACAUGGAGCAGGCAGAGAGAUACGAGAUAUUGGGAGAACUCUAUAAACUCAUCAUUCCUGUCUACGAGGCCAAAAGAGAUUAUGCUAGGUUAGCGGAAUGUUAUGACACACUGUGCGCAGCAUACAACAAGGUCGUGGAGGUCAUGCGGACGGGGAAGAGACUGCUGGGAAAGUUUUUCAGGGUGGCGUUCUUCGGACAGUUGUUUGAAGAAGAGGAUGGCAAGGUUUAUAUCUACAAGGAGCCCAAGGUGACGGGACUGCCAGAGAUCUGCGAGAGGUUAAAGGGGCUGUACUCUGAGAAAUACGGCAAAGGAAAUGUGAAGCUCAUCAUGGAUUCUAACAAAGUAAACCCAAAAGACUUAGAUAGCAAAUAUGCUUACAUCCAAGUCACAUAUGUGACACCUUAUUUUGAUGAAGCAGAGCUAGAAAACAGGCAAACAGACUUUGAAAAGAAUAACAAUAUCAGAAAAUUCAUGUUUGAGACUCCUUUUACAAAAGAUCCCAAGAAGUCAAGAGGCUCCAUUGAGGAACAGUGGAAGAGGCGUACCAUACUCACAACAAACAAUACAUUCCCUUAUGUCAAGAAACGCAUCCAGGUGGCGUACGCCCAUGAACUGGAACUCUCACCAAUAGAGGUUGCCAUUGACGAAAUGCAAAUCAAAGUUGCUGAUCUUCGAGAGGUAGUCAAUCUGAACCCUCCAGACCUGAAGAAGUUGCAGCUCAAGCUCCAGGGCAGCGUUAGCGUCCAGGUGAACGCGGGGCCGUUGGCGUACGCGGAGGCAUUUUUGGACAGAACAAGAGGGAGUAGGUGUCCAAAGUCCAAGGUGGACAAACUUAAGGAUGUGUACAGACAUUUUGUUGAGGCCUGCGGAGAUGCAGUGGAGCUGAACGCGGGUCUAAUUCUCUCUGAGCAGUAUGAGUACCACGAGAGUCUGAAACAGGGCUUCAAGGAGUUGAAGGACAGGUUAUCAGAAAUUAUGCAGGAAAGGGUGAUCACUGAAGAGGACCGCCUCAGUACCAGCAGCAGCAGGUCAUCAUUAACUUUAUUCAAUGUUAUUAGUGCCACAGGCUCCACUAGCACUGUAUAGCAGCAGUAAUAACUGGAAACCUCAACCCAUAGACCUGUGUUUAUACUCUCUAUAUAUACUUUGGUGUAUGUACCGUCGGUAUAUGUACACUCAUAUACCUGGUACUUCAACAGUGUCAAAAUCGACCCACUAAUUUCGGGUUGUGGCCUUGUUUUCUAGAUCAUAUUUAAAUGGCUGAUAAGUUAGCUUCAUCCUCAUGCUCUUGCCUAAUCAUUAAGUAGUUGAACCUACUUGUGCUAUUUGGUUACCUUGACCUACAUAUGAUCAGUACUGACUGUAAACUAUAUUUGCUGUGUAGUGGCCAUGCUCUAAUGAUAUGUAUAGCAAUUCUGUAGGCCAGUGGUUGACUAUGAUCUGUUUGUGCUAUGUUUACCUUGACCUACAUGUGCUGAGUAUUGAACUUGACCUAAAUGUGCUAAGUAGUCAGCUCAUAUGUUACACUCUAACAGGCUUGGUACAAGUAGCAGUUACCAGUACUAAUUUACAAUGACAAACCUGGACCUGAUUUGGCUCACUUCAGGUGGGUUUCUUAGAUUGUGUACAAUCUUAAUUUUACACAGAUAAGAUUGAAUUGUUUUAAACUUUUAUUUUUUAAUUAUUAUUACAAUUU